AUGUCCUUCUUUGGGCUGAGUUCCCUCUCACCUCCAUCCGAGGAGGGGGGGACCGAUCGGAUGGUACACAUUCAGACUUUGGUGGGAGGGCCGAAGAGCAAGACGGCAAUGAACCCAAGAAUACCGCUUCUCGAGAGUUUUUGGAAGAGUCUGCAGGGAGGCUUCACCCUCGCCAAUUUGCACACGAUAAUGGAGUCCUCCUACAACGACCCGCGGCAACGAGAGAUCGUCGUGGCACCCCAGAACGUCCACAUCAAGGUUCUAGCCUGCCCAGGAAGUGGCAAGACCCGUGUCCUGGUUCAGAGGGCAUGCCAUUUGAUCGAGCACUUUGGAGUGAAACCGUCAGCCAUCCGAGUCGUCACCUUCAGCAGGCAUGCGGCUGCAGAUGUGGGCUCCAGGCUCCAAGGCGUGGUCAAGGCGCAGACCAUCCACAGCCUGUGUCUCGAGAUUGCCGAGGCAUUCGAACCGAUCCUGCACAACAGCCUCAGGUACGUGCCUGCUGCAUGUGCAUGGUCGACGGACUCUGCGGAGGACCUAGACGUGUCCUAUCUGCCCGACGAGAAGGAGUCAGUCUUCCAGAAUGCGGAGGCAGAGGUCUUCUUCUGCGACGAGCACAUUUACCGGCUAUUGAGGGCAUUUGAGGCCGCAGGUGACGAGGUUGAUAUCGCAGCCCCAAUCAGGGACUUGAUCCCGGACUACCUGCUGGUCGACGAGAGCCAGGAUCUGGACGCGACGCAAUUUCGAGUAAUCGAGCUGCUCGUGAAAAGGUUCAGAACACGCAUCUUCAUGGUCGGGGACAAAUGUCAGGGUAUCUACAAGUUCCGAAAGUCAGACUCGGACUUGAUGGACAGAGUGGACACCCUGGGCACAUACCCUUCGAUCACUUUCUAUCUGAACAACAAUUACAGGAGCACCCAGACCAUUGUGGACUUUUGCAACGACAUGCGCCCAGACAGGAGCAUGCCCCCAAUGGCAACGAUUCGCGACUUUCCCUCGUGGCUGCCGAGGCUCUGUGUGUUUGAGGAGCGGUCAGAGGAGAUUCGCUUCGUGGCAGAUCUCGUGCAGUCCUAUGUGACUGACAUGGGGCGCGUGCUUGGGGACAUAGCCAUCCUGUCCAGGACGCAGAGGGAGGCAUAUGCACUUGCACACAAGUUCACCGAGAUGGGCCUACCCACGAAGAUCUGUACCGGCGACGCCGUAGAGAGCAGCCACAAACAUCGAGAGGGGGACCCUCUCACGAUCAGCUCGUUCCAUGGCGCAAAAGGGCUGGAGUUUGGGGUCGUGAUCGUGACGGGCUGCACAGACUCGUUCAACAAAUUCCUCACACCCGACGAGCUGCAGCAGGAGGCACAGCUGUACUACGUUGCUUGCUCCAGGGCCAAGGACAUCCUCGUGAUCACGAGCGGCAGCAGGUGCAUCUCUCGGAUGAUAUUCCCCGUGAAGUCCUCUCGCUUCAAGGUGGACAUGGGCGACCCCAAGUCUGCGAGCCCCAUCUUUGGCAUCUUCGGCGACGUGAACGCACUGUAUGGCUCCGUGAUAGAGAGAGUGAUAUACAGACAGAUACUGUCAGCGUGCCUUCGAGAGAGCGGGUCGAGUGACGAGGUGAAGAUGACGGACCAUUUCGCAAAUAUGUGCUUCCUGUGGACAAAGGCGUUCGAAGAUGAUUGGCGCUUGCGUGAGCCCACGGAACAGGACGUUCGGAACUUGAUCCGCAACAAAGCAGCAGAGUUCCAGCUACCCGAGAGCCACGUGGCGGUGCACUACGAGAAUCGAAGUCUUCCUUCGUUCGCGAGGCCUUCCAAGGACGAUGCUCACAAGAGGACGGCUCGCUUUGCAGCCGCUGUGGAGCGCAUCGGAAAAAGCUACAAGCGAUAUGUGAAUUUUGACCACGACACAGAGAGCACACAUGCUCUCAAGACCAUUGCCGACGUGGCUGUAUGCGCCCACCUGGCAUAUCCGCCCGCCAAGACUCACUAUGUCUUUUCGGAGCUGCACCUGGGGGAUUUGGUGAAAGACAAGAAUCUGGGACUCUUCUCUUGCACCAGGCGUCUGGUAAAUGGGAUUAUGGCCUCUCAUUUCGAGACCAGGAGGGCUAUUGGAACACUACGCCACUUUGCCGCCGGAGAUGUGGUGACCCCUGAGCUGAUGCUGGGGACAUUCAGGGUCGGCUUGGACAUCGACCUCUCAACGAAGUCGCUCCGGGGAGUCGCCGACAUGGUGAUCGGAGAUACCGUUUAUGACAUCAAAUGCAGUUCGGAAAAGGGCGGCAUCCAGGCGGCAUGGGUGCUGCAGUUGAUGUGCUACCUCAGCCUGGCUCGCCUGAAUGGUCUGAAGGUCGACAACAUUGCAAUCUAUUGCCCGCUUCAGGGGUUCGUGUGGAAGGCGCCAAUGCACAUGUGGCAGAGACACGAGGAGCUGAUCAGAAGGGUCAACGAAGAGAUAUCCGGAUCCAGUUUCAGGUAG